AUGGCGUCCGUUCUCCCUCGAUCGCCCCGGAGAUGCCGCGCAGGCCGCGAGCUCCUGAGCGGCGGUUUCAGAACCCGCGGGUCACCUGGGAGCUUCUCCCGCAAAACCAGACGAAAGCUCCCGGCGUGGAGAAGGGCAGGCGGCUGCACCCCCCGACCUCGCCCCGCCCGGGCGGGCGCGCUCGGCGCCACGCAGGGACCACCCCUCCGAGACGCCCGCCGGACCCCGCGCCCAGAGCCACCUGCGUGCACCUGCGCCCCGCGGGCACCUGAGCGCGCGGUCACGCCCCUGGCCACGCCCCCGGCCGGCGGGCCGCCCUCACCGUGCCCCGCCCUCUCGCUGUUCGGCCUCAAGGCCCGCCCCUCAAACCCCGCCCUACGGCCCAGAUCAGGCUCCGCCCUAUCAGUCCUCCCCCCCCCCACAGGUCCCGCCCACACCCCGCCCCAUUCGACUCGGGCCCCGCCCAUUAGGGCCUCGCCCCCAGGCCCCGCCCUGUCAGGCCUCGCCCCUCACAGGGCCCGCCCACACCCCGCCCCAUUCGACUCGGGCCCCCCCCUUUGGGGCCCCGCCCCCCCCCCAGGCCCCGCCCACGGAGCCCGCCGGGUCCUGGCCCAGCCGGGUCCAGCGCGCAGCCCGCGGCAGAUGGAGCAGGAGGCGCGGGUGCUGAGGGCUGCGGGUGGCUUCGGCCGGGCCCGGCGCCUGCUGGCCGCCGCCUCGUGGGUGCCCUGCGUGGUGCUGGGGCUGGCGCUGAGCUCCGAGGCGCUGCUCACCGCGCAGCCCGCGCACCACUGCCGGCCGGACCCGGCGCUGCUGCCCCCCGCGCUGCGCGCUCUGCGUGGGCCGGCGCUGCUCGACGCCGCCAUCCCGCGCCUGGGACCCACGCGCGUCCAGAGCCCCUGCCUGCUCCUGCGCUACCCCGAGCCCGCGCCCGGCGCCCGCCGCGGCCCUGGCCCUGCGCCCGCGCCCAACGGCACGCGCCCCUGCACUCGCGGCUGGCUCUACGCGCUGCCCGCCGCGGGCCUCCUGCGCAGCCCUGUCACCCAGUGGAACCUCGUGUGCAGAGACAGCUGGAAGGUCCCGCUGGAGCAGCUGAGCCACCUCCUGGGCUGGCUGCUAGGCUGUGUCAUCCUGGGAGCAGGAUGUGACCGGUUUGGCCGCCGGGCAGUUUUUGUGGCCUCCCUGGUGCUGUCCACGGGCCUUGGGGCCGGUGAGGCCCUGGUGACCAGCUUCUCUACCCUACUGAUCCUGCGCCUAGUCCAUGGGGGGACGUUGGCAGGGGCCCUGCUCGCCCUGUACCUGGCUCGCUUGGAGCUGUGCGACCCUCCACACCGCCUGGCCUUCUCCGUGGGGGCCGGCCUUUUCUCUGUGGUGGGCACCCUGCUGCUGCCUGGCCUGGCUGCGCUUGUGCAGGACUGGCGCCUUCUCCAGGGGCUGGGCGCCCUGAUGAGCGGGCUCUUGCUGCUCUUUUGGGGGUUCCCAGCCCUGUUCCCCGAGUCUCCCUGUUGGCUGCUGGCCACAGGGCAGGUAGCCCGAGCCAGGAACAUCCUGUGGCACUUUGCAGAAGCCAGUGGUGUGGACCCCGAGAACAGUUCCUUGGAAGAGAACUCCCUGGCUACAGAGCUGGCCAUGCUGUCUGCAGGGAGCCCCCGGCCCCGAUACCACUCCCCCCUGGGGCUCCUGCACACCCAGGUCACCUGGAGAAACGGGCUUAUCUUGAGCUUCAUUUCACUGGUUGGUGGGGGCAUCAGAGCCAGCUUCCUUCGCAGCCUGGCCCCUCAGGUGCUGACCUUCUACCUGCCCUACUUCCUGGAGGCCGGCCUGGAGGCAGCAGCCUUGGUCUUCCUGCUCCUGACGGCAGAUCGCUGGGGACGCCGCCUCGUCCUGCUGCUGGGCACCAUGGCAACAGGCCUGGCAUCCCUGCUGCUCCUCGCUGGGGCCCAGUAUCUGCCGGGCUGGACCAUGCUGUCCGUCUCUGUCCUGGGGCUCCUGGCCUCCCGGGUUGUGUCUGCACUCAGCAGCCUCUUUGCAGCUGAGGUGUUCCCUACAGUGAUCAGAGGGGCCGGGCUGGGCCUGGUGCUAGGGGCCGGGUUCCUGGGCCAGGCGGCCAACCCCCUGGACGCCGUGCAGGGCCGGAGGGGCUUCUUCCUCCAACAUGUGGUCUUCGCCUCCCUCGCUGUCCUUACCCUGCUGUGCGUCCUGCUGCUGCCGGAGAGCCGAAGCCGGGGCCUGCCCCAGUCACUGCAGGACGCCGACCGCCUACGCCGCUCCCCACUCCUGCGGGGCUGCUCCCGCCAGGACCACCUGCCCCUGCUGUCGCCCUCUGAUGCCUGCCGGGCCGGCCACACCCUCGAGCGGCACUAGUCCUGCCUGCUGGCCCCAGGAGCCAGGAGGGACCGAGGUCAAGGCCUGCGGCAUGGCUGAGUACCCUAGACACCUGGUCCAGGGGAGACACGUACCCCUCAGAAGCCCGUGUCUCAGUGCAGGCAGAGCCGUGGGAACAGCUCGAACUUGUCCCCAGCCGAGCCCUGGGCCCUGGGAGUCCCUGAGUCUCCUCCCUGAUCAAACCCAGCAGGUGCGGAGGAUAAAGGCUUCCGUGGAA